AUGCCAGGGUGGUCGGACAAGGUGAGGAAGAGAAGAGAGAGUGCGAGAGUGAGUAAGAGGCACUGCAUUGAGUCAAGCGGUGCUGCAGUUGGUGGUGGAGUACUGCCGCUACCACAGCGUGCCAGGGUGGUCGGACAAGGGUGGUCGGACAAGGUGAGGAAGAGAAGAGAGUGUGCGAGAGUGAGUAAGAGGCACUGCAUUGAGUCAAGCGGUGCUGCAGUUGGUGGUGGAGUACUGCCGCUACCACAGCGUGCCAGGGUGGUCGGACAAGGGUGGUCGGACAAGGUGAGGAAGAGAAGAGAGUGUGCGAGAGUGAGUAAGAGGCACUGCAUUGAGUCAAGCGGUGCUGCAGUUGGUGGUGGAGUACUGCCGCUACCACAGCGUGCCAGAGUGGUCGGACAAGGGUGGUCGGACAAGGUGAGGAAGAGAAGGGAGUGUGCGAGAGUGAGUAAGAGGCACUGCAUUGAGUCAAACGGUGCUGCAGUUGGUGGUGGAGUACUGCCGCUACCACAGCGUGCCAGGGUGGUCGGACAAGGGUGGUCGGACAAGGAGCGGAGGCUGUUCGACGAGAAAUUCGUGCGUGUGAAUCCGAGGAGGCUGUGUGAGCUGACGUCAGCGGCGGAUGUGCUUCAAAUGAAGCCGCUAGUGGACCUCACUAGCAGGGCACUGGCGCGGCUGAUAGAGGGCAAGUCUCCCGAGGAGAUCAGAGAGACGUUUCAUCUGCCAGAUGACUUGACAGAGGUGCGUCCUGGGGUCAUUUGUGGGUGGUGGGUGGAUGGGUGGGUGGAUGGGUGUGUGGAUGGGUGGGUGGAUGGGUGGGUGGAUGGGUGGGUGGAUGGGUGGGUGGAUGGGUGGGUGGAUGGGUGGGUGGAUGGGUGGGUGGAUGGGUGGGUGGAUGGGUGUGUGGAUGGGUGGGUGGAUGGGUGGGUGGAUGGAUGGGUGGGUGGAUGGGUGGGUGGAUGGGUGGGUGGAUGGGUGGUUGGAUGGGUGGGUGGAUGGGUGGGUGGAUGGGUGGGUGGAUGGAUGGGUGGGUGGAUGGGUGGGUGGAUGGGUGGGUGGAUGGGUGGGUGGAUGGGUGGGUGGAUGGGUGGGUGGAUGGGUGGGUGGAUGGGUGGGUGGAUGGAUGGGUGGGUGGAUGGGUGGGUGGAUGGGUGGGUGGAUGGGUGGUUGGAUGGGUGGGUGGAUGGGUGGGUGGAUGGGUGGGUGGAUGGAUGGGUGGGUGGAUGGGUGGGUGGAUGGGUGGGUGGAUGGGUGGGUGGAUGGGUGGGUGGAUGGGUGGGUGGAUGGGUGGGUGGAUGGGUGGGUGGAUGGGUGGGUGGAUGGGUGGGUGGAUGGGUGGGUGGAUGGGUGGAGGAGAAGCUGGAGCCGGUGCGGAGCGGCACAGACGAUCCGCGCAUUCGGCUGCUGAACCGCCUUUAUGCGAAGAAGAGGAAAGACCUCCUGAGGAAGAAGGAGCACACACACUCGACGAGUCACCAUCAAGAAGACGAAAGCGAGGAGGAGCAAGGAAGGGGAGGGAGGUCUCACGGUGGCGAGAGGAGAAGCAGAGAGAAGGAGGCAGGGAAGGGAGGGGAGAAGGAGACGGAGCGGAAGGGCAGGGAGAGUGGAGGGUUGAGGGAGGCGAUGCACAGGCACCACCACAAGGAGCGAGUGGUGGAUGAGAGAUCAUCCCCUCGUCUUCCGGAUCCGGACAAAAACUGCCAUCCAGCCUCGGGAGACGGUGCCAUUCAAGACAGAAUCUCCAGAGGGAAGGAGAGUGGGGUGGAGGAAGCAGGAUCGGAGGGAGAGGAGGGGGGAGAUGGUAAAGAGGGAGGGGAAACGGGGGAAGAGGGUAACGCUCGAAGGGAAGGGGGAGAAGGUAAAGACGGAGGGCAUGUGGUGGUUGCUGAUGGGGUGAUGGAAGUUGGUGGUGGGAGUUCGCUCGAGGCUGGCAGAAGUGGUGGGGAUGGCGCAUGGCUUGACCACAGAGGUAGGAAGGUGGGUGACGUGGGAUUGGGGAGAGCAGGCGAAGGGAGGGAAGUAGCAUUUGCAGCAGCAGCAGCAGCAGAAGCAGAAGCAGUGGUGCCAUCGUCAGUAGCAGGAGGAGGAGGACGAGGAGGAGGAACAGUAGACGAGAGAAGCAGUGCAGUUGGAGUGGGAGAAGCAGCAAGAGAAGAAGAGGCGGUGUGCACUGCUGCGCAAGAGAGGGGAGGAGAGGUGGCGAAAAGGGUCAAGACUCCACGACAGGCUAAGAAGGUGGCAAUAGAGGAACAAGAGGAGGGAAAGAUGGUAAAGGAAGGGACUGGGCAAGUUCAAGCAAGAGAGGGAGCAGGGGAGGGUAAAGGCACAGAAGGAGGGGUGGAGGAGAAGGUUAGAAGGCACAGCAAGCAGGAGAAGGCAGGAAAGCUGACUCCUCGGCGCAGAACAGCAGCAGCACUGGCUGAAUCAGCACAGGCAGAUGCAGCCCAGGCAGCUGGGGCUGCUGCAUCAAUCUGUGAUAGAACCAGGGUGGCAUAUUCGAGAGGUGUUGGUCAAAUUGGUGAGCGUGCAGAGCUCGUGAAAGACACUUUAGCAGGAGUUGCAGCAGAGGGUGCAGCAGAAGCUGCGACGGCAGUCACAGCACAAGUGUCUGAGCUUGCGUAUGGCUCUGCAGGAUUGGGAGGUGCGCGGAUGGGAGAUCAGCAGGCACGGCAGACAGAGGACCAGCGUGCUUGCAGCAGCAAGACUCAGGGCAGCAAGAAAUAG